AUGGCCGAGGGAAGGUUCGCUUCUGUUUACUCAGUUGAAGAAUUCAUUUUAGAACACGAAAACAAAAAUACCGCUCAAAAAACUGAAAGAGAUGUAAGAUUGCUUGAAAGAUUUUUGAAAACGAAGGACGUAGACAGGAAAAUUGAAGAUAUUCCAGCGGCUGAGUUGAAUGAAUUCAUUAGCGAAUUUAUUAUCUCCGUACGCACUAAAGAUGGCAACGAGUACGAGCCGACUUCGCUUCGAAGUUUAAUGGCCAGCUCCGAACGACAUUUGAAGAAAAAGGGCUAUUCUGCCAGCAUAAUCAAU